AAUUCAUGCUUGGUGUGUUUUGUGUAGUGAUUGCUUGAUUCAGAUUACCGUCUAGCCCUUCUGGUUUGUUUACGGAUUAGAUCUUGUGUAUGACCACAGACUUGUUCCUUUCGACUCCAAUUCUUUCCUUAACCCUUCUAGUUUGUUUGCACCGUGAUUUUGUGUUUCUGACCAUUCGUUCUCUUAUUCGAUUGCGAUUCUCGCCUAGCUCCCCUGCUUUGUUUGCUGAUUGGAUUUUGUGUUUGACCAUUCGCUCGUUCUCGACCUCAACUUGUUUUGCCUUCUGCUCGCCGUAUAGUGCUCUGAUUAGCUAGUGUGUUCCCAGCUCCACUGCAGAUCAUUCCAUCAGGACACAAGUAUGUUAUUUUGCUGUUAUUUUUCCUUUAUUGCUUUUGAAGGUACUCUGGGUGGAGAUUUAACACUAACGUUGGGGGUACGCUAUUCCGACUUUUUAUUUCAGACUUUCGGCUAACUGUCCAAAGUUCAACAUUCAAAGUUCCCCAAGUACCCAGUAUUCUUCGAAGACUAGCCAGAUUUCAGUUAGAUAUUGGUAGGCAGAUAGGCAGGGCUCUACAGUGCUCCUGUUUUAGGAGCAUUUGCUUCUGAAAAUUUGUGUGUGCCAACUGGAAAAAUAAUUUAGGAGCACAUAUACUAAUUGGGACACAUUAGUGUGCUCCUAAAUUUUUAGCGUAGAGCCCUGAUAGGGACUGGAGUUCUAAAAAUGUGUUUUGUGUUUACCGUUUCCCUUGGCCUAAUAUUACAUUUUGUCUAAAAAUCUGAAACCAUUCAGUGUGACAAAUAAUAUAGGAAAUCCGGAAGGGGGCAAAUACUUCUUCACAGCACUGUAGGCAUGCUUUUCUCUUUACUCCAGAAAUGGUGCUUUUCCAAUGUGAAAAACAGUUCGGGAACCACAGAGUUUCCCAUACAACAAAUUUAUUUUGGUGGCCCGCCCAAGUAGAUUUCCUCCUACCCAAGAAGUUUUUUUGGUAUUUAGUUCCUUAUUUCUGUAAGCAACACACUGUUCUUUUGUAGUUGUUGUGUUUUUUUUUUUUUUUUAAAUGUCAGAGUACAGCCGAUUCUCAUUUUUGAAAAUUGGUAAAAAAAAUUAGCUGUUAUGCAUUGUUUCUUCAAAAGAACAUGUCCUCUGGCCUAACCAAGACUGCAAAAUUUUCAAUAAUAUUUGGAUUAAAGUUAGCUAGCAUUUAGCUAGCAUCAGCGUUCACCCAGCUAACAUUAGCCUGGAUAGCUAAUGAAAACAUUAACUUUUCAUUUUUGACAGAGAUGAGCAUAGAAAAAUUCUUCUUUAAAAAGAUAACGGUAAUGUUAUGGAAAUCUAUCUGUGGUGCAAUACCAUUAUUGUUAUAGUAACAGUUAGUUAACAAUUAGGUCUACUUUAAUUGAAAUUGAUGAAAAUCAUUGUGUUUAUAAAUUAGGGCAUUUUGGAUAUCUGGUAUCAAUGACUUUAAAGCCCUUUUCUUAUGUUUGUCUGAUUAUAUUAGCCUCCCAAUCAUUCUAAUAGGAUAAAGGUUUGUCUAUAACGGAGACCAUUACUGCAAAAAUUGUUAUAGUUUUGGUUCCUUUUGCUUUAUGUUCAUUCUCUCUGAUGCCUGAUGCGAAAAGUGCCGUACGGAUUUCAUUUUCAUCUGGAGACACAGCCAAAGUAAAAAUAAAUUAAAUUGCCCUAACACGAAAUAUAUAGGCUAGUGCCCAAACACAAAAUGUGAACAAAAUGUAAUAACCUCUUCAUAGUUACAAUACAUUUUCAUAAACAGUGCAAACCCCCCCCCCCCCGAACGCGUACAUGGAGUCGACCGCCACAAAUACAUUCUCGACCCAUGGUGAAACACUGAACCAUCUGUGCCUUGCACUAUCGGGAACCUCUGCAAUUCCUGAAAUGCGUUUCUGUUACUGUUUGGUGUAUCUCUGUGAGAUAAAUUUGGUUCCCAGAACUAUACUACAUGGUACGCUUCUGCUGGCAAUGGAAACGCAUCCAGAUCCCGUUAUCUUUGUUUCACGGGCACAUCUUUCAAGGCUUAUGUAGUUCAGCUGUUGGCUUAUGCCAUGAAUUGUGAAGAGGAGGUUCCUCAAAAGGCAGUUCACUCGUGGUCCAGAAUUGCCUCGGCUGGGCAAACUGCUCUGGUGGAGGCACUGAGGGUUUUCAGUCCUAUGUCAAAGGACCUGUCCGAUACUGAGAUGCAGCUUGUGUCCUUUCUACAGGGACUCAAAGAUGAGGGUCACAAGCCCAUUGUGCUCAAAAGCAAAGAUGUGUAUGGUUAUAAAUCUUGCACAACAGAACCCAAACCAGUAGAGAAGACAAAUAAACCACUGGACAUUGGCAACAAAGUUUCUAAGGUUCAGAAAGCUACCAAGAGAAGAGGAAGAAAAGCCCUUUGCAAGAAGAAGGAAAUCGACUACACGCUCUUGAGUGCAGCAGCUAAGAUGAUUGUAAAGAAUCAGCCUAAGAUAAUGUUGACUAAUCUCUCACAUGAGUCUCUCAGGCGGACUGUGCUUGCUAAACCUCCACUCUACACUGUUAGACCUGUCCAGAUGCAACCAUGCUUGAAAUUGGCAAACAUAACUGGUACCUCAGGGGGCCACACUGCAAGACUGCAGAUACGAUCUGAUAUGGGGCCUCAAGGGAUAACCAUACCAAAUUCUCACCGCCCAGUAACGUUGUCAGGGAUACCACUUCCGCCCUUGGAAACUGCUGGUAAAACGCCAAAAGCAGUUGUUUCCGAGAACAUGAGACCUGUUUCCUGUCCUGUCAAAGUGGACGUGGCGCUCAUUGGAGACUCUGCUCCAGUUGUGUGUCCGAAUGGCAGACUUUUGAAAGAAAGUGGAAACUACAAAAUGGUUCCAGUGAAUAUAGGCCAAGUUGGUGUUGCAAGUGACAAGCUUGACUGGAGGGACAAGGAUGCAGUCAGGGUGCUGAACUGCCAAACAGAUCUGGAUAUGUCCAGGUCAGUCUGGGUCACGAAAGGCCAAGAAGACUCUAAACUGAAUGAGAAUAACUUGAGAUUGGAGGUUAUCAAGGUGGAUGACUCUAUCACUGAUGAGGAAGUCAGACGGAAAGCCCAGAAGAUCUUGCAAGUUAAUUUGUCUCCUGUGAUUCAGAUUCAGCCGCUCCUUGCUUAUCCAGUAUGAACUGCAGCCAUUUCAAAGAAGCUCCCAGUUGAUAUUUGAAAUGACAUUUGAUUGAUUAACUUUUAAAUGAAGGCAUAGCUGAGCCCUAACGCUAUCAUUUUUGGAUUAUAUUCUGGGAAUGCGAGUGUCAUAUUGCCGUUAUCAUUUUGAGUGAACAAACAUGUUCCCAGACGUAGAAAAUUAAGACAGUGGUAUUUUCACAAGAUGCUGUUUGGAUAUGCUACUUUUCAUUAGGUAUACUUGGGUAUGGUGCAGAUUUUGUAAGAUUAAAUUCCCGGUUUAUUGCCAUUAAUUUUUUUUUUUUUUUUUAAAUAAAAAAAGAAAACAAUCUAAUAGCAAAGCCAUGUCAUAUUACUAUGCAGUAUCCAUAGAUUUUUGUAAGGCAAAUGCGACAUUUCCUUUCCUACUUGGUUGAAUUCUAACCAAGAUUUCUGAUUGGGUUCAAUUUCCUGCAGUGUUUUUUCCCCCCAUGUUGAAAUGGAUUUGCCUUUCUGCAUUGGAAAUAGAUUUUCAUUGAGGACGGAGAUGGGUAGAAUACAUUCUGGAUAUACACGGCUGUGCAUUUUGUCCCCUUUGUAUUUUAAGUUUUCUGCAAAUGCAUUUCCAUAACAAAUGAAUGAAACCUUUUAUGCUUAAUGUCGGCACAUUGAUUUUUUAUUAAUUUUUUUUUGUGUGUGUGUGGGGCAAAGCUUAUUUUGUACAGAAAGUUAAUUUAUUUACACCAAGAGUAGAUGGAUAAAUUGUUGCUGCCCUGUGGGGGAAGUAAAUAUUUUUCUUCCUCCUCAUGGGUAUGUCCUUCUAGAUUUGAAGCAAAUUGGGGUAAUGUAUCCCGGUUUGUUCUUGGAUCUAUUACAUGUAAACAACGGGAUAAUUCUGUGUGUGUGUGCAUGUGUCUGUGUGUGUUUGUCAGGGGGUGGGAGGGUUUUUAGUUGGAUAGUUGGAGUGCGAGUCCAUUUCAACUAUAAAAUUUUCUGGACGUAUUGUCUGGUACUAGUGCUCUUAGAUUUAAAACUCAGUUUUUAUUAAAUUAAUUGAAGUGCGUGUUUAAACCUGUUACAGCUCUUCAUUCACAUGCAUUAACACGCUGUCUUCUGACAUGUUCUUACCAAAGUGAUUAACAACAUUGUGAGUAAUGUGUUGGGUAUCUAUAUUUUUUUCUCAGAUGGAAUUUGGCAGAGAUGAAAGAAAAAAGAAAAAGAGUAAUGUGUGCUCCUGAAAAUGUGCCCUUUUGCAUCUCUCCUGGUGCUUGAAUUUCAGUUAAUUUUCACUCCUCUUGACAUAACUUCAUACGAAAUAACAGAAUGAAUGUUGCCAAUGUAAAUUGCUUGAAUUGUCUUAAUUGCCUUUGAAGUUUAUUUUGCCUAGAUGCUCAGAGAAUUUACUUUUAUUGUGAAAAGCUGCUGGGUGCUAAAGGGUUUGGUUUGAAGACUUGGAUUUGUUAGAGGCCCCUUGUUAGGGUUUUUUUAUUCUAAUGUGUGAAUUGUAGAGUUAGACAGUUUGAAACACAAUGUUUGACUAAAUAUACAUUCACAAAUUUUGUCUUCAUAAACUUUUGUCAGUUGUGCCAACUGCACAGCACAAAAUCUUGGUGGCUAUUUGAGAAAUACUGAAAUAAAUUUUUCAAAAAGGAAACCAGUAAGUUUUUUUUCUUCUAAUAAGAUUUAAAAUUUUAGAUUUAGUUUUUUCCUAAUUCACAAUUCUCGAUAUGGCUGUUAUGUGAUGAGGCAGAGAAUACCCAGUCAAUCAAAGCCCUCCCACCCUGGGCAGUUCCUUGGCCAGUUAUGCAUCAGUGCACCAGCCACAGCCAGCACUGGAAUGGUCAGGAUUAGAUCCCAGACUGGGGUGCGUGUCUUCAUUGAGCACAGUGCUUUAGCUGGAAACGACUCCUGAGAAGUUCUUUCCCACUUGUAUUUGGAUUAUCUAUAAACGUUCCACGGAUUUUCUGACAGUAAGUAGGCGAAACUUAUAGCCUACUUGCUGCUGUGAUUUUAGAUAAGGGAGGGGGUUAUUGGCAUUUCUUAAAGCCACUCCAACGUGAGAAAUUAUAUAAUUACACUGAUUGUGGUAGAAUGGCUUGGCUGUCAUUUAUUAUUAAAUCUUAUGGAUAUUGCACAGUGGUAAACUGCAUUCUUUGAACUUUUCAGGAUUGAAUUGGCAAAUGUUUUACAGGGGCUUCACAUUGGUUUAUAGUAGCCUACAGUUAAAUAAAAUACAGAUUUUGUUUUUCCUUUGUACUAAAGUCAUUUUCUUCCUAAUGCAAUUGGUUCUGUGAACAAUGUUAAGAUAUGUUGAAAAAGCUGUACUGUCAGUGUUGUAUAUUUGGUAUAACUGUUAAGAAUGGUGAAAUAAACCUUUGUUUAAGAUUC